AUGCAAAUCUUUGGUCUUAUUUUCACGCAAACUACAAACGAUGAGUCAAAAGAUAUCGACACGCCUGUGCCAUUGCAAAAUGUCCAAGUUGAAGCGAAUGUUGUUGAUAUGAUUGCUGAAGUUAAAAUCUCACAGACAUACAAAAAUAUCGAAAAGAAUACAAUCGACGCUAGCUACAAAUUUCCAAUUCACGAAGCGGCAGCUGUUUGUGGCUUCGAAGCUGAACUUGAUGACGGACAAAUUAUUAAAGGAAUCGUUAAAGAAUCGGCUCAAGCAGUGAAAGAAUACAGAGAAGCA